CGUGGGGCGUGGCGAAGGGUUGGAGGAAAGACUAAGCUCGCGAGCGCCUGGCUAGCCCCAGAAUCAGUACAUCAGACUCCUCGUUGUUUGCGGCUGCACUACUCCUGUUUCAACACUACUGCCAAAAUGGACGCCAUCAAGAAGAAGAUGCAGGCGAUGAAGAUCGAGAAGGACAAUGCUCUCGAUCGAGCCGAUGCCGCCGAAGAGAAAGUCCGCCAGAUUACCGAGAAGUUGGAGCGAGUGGAAGAGGAACUCCGUGACACACAAAAGAAAAUGAUGCAAACGGAAAACGAUUUGGACAAAGCUCAGGAAGACUUGGCCGCCGCCACCAGCCAAUUGGAAGAGAAGGAGAAGAAAGUGCAAAGUACGUUCGUUCUGAUUUAG